AUGCCUGCAGGCAAUAACGCGGGCCACUCCGUGCACGUGCUCGCACGGCGUGGGCAGCUGGAGCAGCUCCGCGUGCUGAUUGAGAGCGGGACAACAGAUGUUGAUGCGCGCGAUCGACGCGGACGAACGGCCCUGUAUACCGCAGUCCGCAGCAACCAGCGCGCUGUUGUGGAGUACUUGGUGGAGCACGGGGCCGACGUGAACCUCUCUGGACCAAAAGGCGACACGCCCCUGCACAUUGCGGCGUCGCUUGGGCUGGUGGAUGUGGCGCAUGUGCUCAUGCUACACGGGGCCGAUCCCAUGAUCGUCAACGAGCAGUUUGAGACGUGUAAGGACGUGUGCUCGCGACGGUGCUUUGCGCGAUUGUUCCCAGCGGACGCAGCCACACUGCGCAGCAGUGGCAGUGGCAGCACUGGUGGUGUUGCAAGGCGCGGGCGUGGCCGUGGACGAGGGAGAGGGGGAGGGAGAGGAAGGGGGAGGGGAAGAGCAAGAGCAAGAGCAAGAGGUGGAAGGACGUCUGCAAACAGGCGUGAGAGCACAGCGAGCGGCACUGGUGCGAGUGGUGGUGAAGGUGAGAAGGAUGGGCCCAGAGUUGGUGCCAGCACUGCCAUGAGAGACGACGAACCACGCAUCGAUAGUGACGAUCGUGGAGAUGAUCGUGGUGAUGAUCGUGGUGAUGAUGAUGAUGACGACGAGGAUGUGUUUGAGCGGCCAGCAGAUGUGCUGCCCACAGUUUCACAAGCUGCUUCUGUACCGCCGACUCAACGCAAGCGACGCGCGCGUGUGCAGAAUCUGCGGCGAGCAGACUGGGGCCGUGCACCCGUCAACGACAACGACGAUGAGGGCGGUCGUGUUGAUAUCGAGGGCAUCAUCUUUGAUGAAAAGCCGCUCACACAUGAUCCCGCAGCACAGUUCACGGAUGCGUGGGACAACGACCACAUGGUGACGACCAUUGACGGGGUGUGCAUUGCUGCGAGUCGUGAUGGCUUCCUGCCCGCAUACAUUCUCGACUGGACUGCAAGCAGGCACCCGACAAGAGCAUCAACAACAACAUUAAUAACAGCAGCAACAACAGCAACAACAACAACAUCGACAACAACAUCAACAACAACAGCAGCAGCAGCAGCAGCAGCGUCGUCCCUCCCCUCAUCGCUUCGCCCAUCCCAGUCAGCGCUGUGA